AUGUUUAGCGAAAAUAGAUGGAAAGUUAUUCUGUUACUGGUGGCGUCCGUUGGCGCUGUCGAGCCGAGCCGGGCGCUCAGCCUAGUCUACCAGAAACCGUACAAAAACGUCAUGUUUGUGCCGAAGAACCUGUACCGGAGGACGAGAGCGAGGCAAUCCAGAGUGCUGUUCCUCGAUGAAGAUGAAAACCAUCAGCCAUUUGGAAAAGGUGAAAUUGAUUUGACUCAAGACAAAAGUUACUCAAAAAUCAAGUUUGACGAUCAACCAGAUUAUGAGUUCACAUCUCCUGAAGAUCCUGAAGUGCCAAAGAAGUUGAAUGAGGAUUUGCCGUCCGGUAAUGAGCGGUUUUAUGAGCCGUUGCCUCGAUUUAGGCCGUUUUCGAACCAUCCUCAUUAUUACCAGGGUCGUUUUGGCCGGACUUACGCCCCAAAUUUUGGGUUUGACCCGUACCCUGUGGCUCCGUUCGCUCCAUCGGUUCGGAACGGCUACUACCCUGGUUGGAAGCCGAGGAGUCCUCGAGUGGUGUUUCCAUACGCGUCAGAAAGUGUAAACUCAGUGCAGACGAAUUCCCACGCGGGGCCUGGUGGGUUCAAUGAUAAUGUUGUGUUUCGUGAACAAAAUUUCGGUUUGAAUGACGUUGGUGAUGAGCAGGCGUUGCAGGACAUUGGGACUGGUUCGGGAGAUGGAUUUGCUGAACGAGAUGCCAACGGACCACAUCGAGCUCAAUUCGAAAAAAAUAAAAGAAAAAAAGUUUUAGAAAAACCAAUGUUUAUACAAACAGACAUACGAACGCCAAUGAAAAGGGUCGAUUAUUACGAAUUCCCUAAUGUGACGAACAGACUGGCGGAUUUACCGAAAUUUAGACCAAUCACUGACGAGCAAAUGUUGAAAAUUAAUGAAAUUCUCGACCCUUUGCCUUCGAGAUUACCGAAAAGAAAGGGACGAGUGAUAAAUAAUUUGAGCAGUCCACAGAAUGUUAUAAAGCCACUCGUGACCACAGAUACGAAACCACAGAAAAUAGAAUCGAAUGACAGACAAGACGUGAAAAAAUGUCCACAGGGAGGGACUUGCGAGUUCUUUUUUUAUUGUUGGAUGGUCGGAGGCCUAUUAGAUGGGUCUUGCGGGAGCCUGUUAAAGGGUUGCUGUCAUAGAGUGGCCAAAGCUGGAAUUUUGGGAGUACAGGACUCGAAUAGCCUUGAUGCUAGCAGUGAAGGGUUGAGUUACGGACCCGUGGUCAAUGAUGAAAGUUGUGGUAUCGCAGUUGGUAAGCAGACGGCACAGCGAAGGAUUGUUGGUGGUGAUGAUGCUGGCUUCGGCACCUUCCCCUGGCAAGCAUACAUCAGGAUAGGAUCCUCAAGAUGCGGUGGCUCCUUAAUAUCGAGGCGGCAUGUAGUCACCGCUGGUCACUGCGUCGCUCGCGCCCAACCUCGUCACGUCCGUGUAACCCUCGGCGAUUACGUCAUUAAUUCUGCAGCCGAACCUCUGCCUGCAUACACGUUUGGAGUCCGAACGAUCAAAGUUCAUCCCCUGUUCAAGUUCACGCCACAAGCUGAUCGAUUCGAUGUGGCGGUCCUGACCUUGGAUAGAAAUGUCCAUUACAUGCCGCAUAUAGCACCCAUCUGUCUACCGGAGCGUGGUUCCGAUUUCCUGGGCCAGUACGGCUGGGCAGCUGGUUGGGGGGCGCUCAGUCCUGGCUCCAGGCUGAGACCACGCACCUUACAGGCAGUGGAUGUCCCGGUGCUAGACAAUAGAGUCUGCGAGAGGUGGCAUCGGGCCAAUGGUAUAAACGUUGUGAUAUACCCAGAAAUGCUGUGUGCGGGCUACCGAGGUGGUGGCAAGGACUCUUGCCAAGGAGACAGUGGAGGACCUCUCAUGCUAGAACGAGCUGGUCGCUGGUACCUCAUAGGAGUUGUCUCCGCCGGCUACUCCUGUGCCAGUAGAGGCCAACCAGGGAUCUACCACAGAGUCGCACACACUGUUGACUGGAUAUCACACGCCACAACCCUAUCAUAG